AUGUCCAAUCUCACUCAAGAACAAAUUAAAGUCCUCGAGCAGUCGCGUCAACGUCUCGUGCAGCUCACACGCUCACUGGGCUCGCUGAUCGCAAGUCUAAACCAAAGCGACCCUCUUCCGCCGUGGACCUCCCUCCAAUCCCAAGCAAGCAUCAUCUCCAACAACCUCAUCAGCGUCUCCGACCAACUCUCCGACCAACGCGACCUCCUCUCCAACCUAGUCGCCUACCCAGGCCCGGAAUACCCAGGCCGAACACAAGCAAACACCCUCGAACAACUCCUCCGCACAAAACUCGAUCCCCGCGUCGAAGACUGGGUCGCGCGCGGCCGUGCAGCCGGCACAGAGUCUGCCACCACACCGUCCAAUUUCUCCGACCCCGAUGCCGCGCACAAGCCGCUGAGCGACGCACAGCUCGCGGAGCUGUGGGAAUGGGCGCCGCUGGAGGCGAACCAGGAAGCGCGGCGGAGGAACUGGGGUGGGAAUUUUACGCUUGAGGAGCGCGAGGCUGGGAUUGAGAAUGUUGUUACUGGGUUGAGGAGGCAGUUGGAGGAUGAUGAUGGGGAGGAAGAGAGUGAGGGUGAAGAGGGGGAUGGGGAGGAGAUGGAUGUUGUUGGCGUUCAUCGGAAGCCUGGUGCUGCUGAGUUCGAGUACAAUAUUGCUCCUCAUCACCCGCAUCCGGUGCAGCCGUUCGUGCCCUUGGAUCUGAUUUUGAGAUAUAUGACUACUGGGCGCAUGCCGUAG